CCGCGCCCGGGCUCGGGCGUCCGAGCCGGGAAGAUGUUUUCCGCCCUGAAGAAGCUGGUGGGGUCGGAGCAGGCUCCGGGCCGGGACAGGAACAUCCCCGCCGGGCUUCAGUCCAUGAACCAGGCGCUGCAGAGGCGCUUCGCUAAAGGGGUGCAGUACAACAUGAAGAUCGUGAUCCGUGGGGACCGGAACACGGGCAAGACGGCCCUGUGGCACCGGCUGCAGGGGAAGAAGUUUGUGGAGGAGUACAUCCCUACCCAGGAGAUCCAGGUCACCAGCAUCCACUGGAACUACAAGGCCACUGAUGACAUUGUGAAAGUUGAGGUCUGGGACGUGGUUGACAAAGGAAAAUGCAAAAAGCGAGGCGAUGGCUUGAAAAUGGAGAACGACCCUCAGGAGGCGGAGUCCGAGAUGGCGCUGGAUGCCGAGUUCCUGGACGUGUACAAGAACUGUAAUGGGGUGGUCAUGAUGUUUGACAUCACCAAGCAGUGGACCUUCAACUACAUCCUGCGCGAGCUGCCCAAAGUGCCGUCCCACGUCCCCGUGUGCGUACUGGGCAACUACCGCGACAUGGGCGAGCACCGGGUCAUCCUGCCUGACGACGUGCGCGACCUCAUUGACCACCUGGACAGGCCCCCCGGCGCCUCCUAUUUCCGCUACGCUGAGUCUUCCAUGAAGAACAGUUUUGGCCUGAAGUACCUUCACAAGUUCUUCAACAUCCCGUUUCUGCAGCUGCAGAGAGAGACGUUGCUGCGGCAGUUGGAGACCAACCAGCUGGACGUGGAUGCCACGCUGGAAGAGCUGUCGGUGCAGCAGGAGACUGAGGACCAGAACUACGAGAUCUUCCUUGAGAUGAUGGACGCCCGCAGCCGUGGCCAUGCGUCCCCCCUGGUGGCCAAUGGGCAGAGCCCAGCCUCUGGCUCCCAGUCGCCUGUCGUACCUCUGGGCGCUGCAUCCACCGGGAGCUCCAGCCCUGGCACACCGCAGCCCGCCCCGCCACCGCUCACCAUCCCCUCUACCUGCCCCACCCCAGUGCCCUUGGUGGCCCCGGCGCCCCCAGCUGAGGCCCUGCACCCCCACACCCCAGCCCCAGCCCCUCCCCAACGGCGCAGCAUCAUCUCACGGCUGUUUGGGAUGUCACCUGCGGCCGAGCCAGCUCCCACCCCUCCAGAGCCUGCAUUGUCCACAGAGGCCCCAGCAAAGGUCCCAAACGUGGAGGACUUUGUUCCUGAGGACAGCCUGGACCACAGCUUCCUGGAGGAUGCAGCUCCCCUGAAGGACGAGAAGAAGGCCCCACCGCAGGACAGCGACAGCGACGGGGAGGCCCCGGGCGGGAACCCGAUGGUGGCAGGUUUCCAGGACGACGUGGACCUGGAAGAUAGGCCAUCGAGCCGACCCCCGCCGCCCGCGGACCCCCUCCCCAGCAAGCACGUCACUCUCUCUAGUGAGGAGGAGGCUGAGGAGCCCACGGGUCCACCCGGAGCCUCCGUCCUGGUCCCCCAGCCGUGCCUGGAACCAGAGAUGAAACGAUCUUCCAGAAAGACCCUGAAGCCCCAGGCCGAGGCGGCGCCCUCACAAGCCCAGGAGCCCCAGGUGCCGGACAGUUCCUCAGUACCUGCGAGGCCUGCCCUCGAGGUGCCAGCAUCCAGGGUCACAGCCCCCACUGGGGGCCCCUCCCGCAGACCCGAGGGGGCCACGGCCGAGCAGGCUGCAUCAUCAGAGAGCGACCCUGAGGGGCCCAUUGCCGCCCAGAUGCUGUCCUUCGUCAUGGAUGACCCCGACUUCGAGAGUGAGGAGUCAGACGUGCCGUGGAGAGUGAAUGAGUUCCCAGUCCGUGAGGACCUCUCUGACCUGACUGAGGAGGACACGACCCCAGCACAACCAGCCCAGCCACCUCAGCUCCCCGUGUCCCCCUUCAGACCCAAGAACGACACCGACCUCUUCGGGUUGGGCCUCGGGGAACCGGGCCCCAAGGACAGCAGCGACGAAGAUAAGGAUGGCAAGCCGCCCUCCAGAGAGAAGAAGAAGAAGAAGAAGAAGAAGGAGAAGGAGGAGGGAAAGGCCACGAGGAAGAAGAACAAGCACAAGAAGAGCAGGGAGAAGGAGGAGGGCAGCGAGAAGAGAAAGAAGAAGGCGCCUCGGAGCAAGGAGGCCGGGGAUGAGCUGGAGGCCUUCCUGGGGGGCGGGGCCCCCGGCAGCCAGCACCGCGGGGGCGGGGACUAUGAGGAGCUCUAG